AUGUUCACGAUCAAAAGAUUAAUUCAGAAGGGCAAACCAAGUCUCGUAAGGUAUUCUUCAACUUCACAUCUACCCACUGUCUAUGCACUAUCUACACAUUUUGCUAGAUCUGCCAUUGGAGUUGUCAGAAUAUCUGGUACACAUUCACAAUUUGUCCUAGAACAAUUGACAAAACAAGCACUACCCAAGCCGAGAAUAGCUUCAGUUCGGAAACUUUAUCAGCCAAACACUUCAAAUCUACUUGAUGAAUCACUAGCUAUUUUUUUCAAAUCUCCAAAAUCCUAUACUGGUGAAGACCUAGUUGAACUCCAUUUGCAUGGAGGUACUGCUGUUAUUCAAGCAGUUUUAAAAUCAAUCGAAUCACUUCAUACAGUUGAAAGACCAAUCCGUUAUGCUGAAGCUGGUGAUUUUUCGAAAAGAGCGUUCCAAAAUGGAAGAUUUGAUCUAACGGAGAUUGAAGGUAUAAGAGAAUUGAUUGACGCGGAGACAGAAUCACAAAGAAGAGGUGUGAUGAGUUCCGUCACUGGUGGUAAUAAAGAUAAAUUCUUACAAUGGAGAGAAAAAAUGGUGGAUUCCAUUGGAUUGUUGACUGCUAUUAUUGAUUUCGCUGAAGAUGCUGAGAUUGAAGAUAUUGAAAAAAUUUACAAUAAUGUGGACUCAAAGAUUAAAGAGCUGGACAGCGAUAUUAAAGAGUUCCUGGAAAGAACUCAGAGAUCUGAAGUGUUAUUGAAAGGUAUCAAACUCACUCUAUUGGGACCUCCAAAUGCUGGGAAAUCUUCCAUUUUAAAUAAGUUGGCAAACGAAGAAGCUGCAAUUGUGAGUGAUAUAGCGGGUACAACAAGAGAUAUAAUCAAUGUUCCUUUGAAUAUACAAGGCUAUAAAGUUGUUGUUGGUGAUACUGCUGGGAUCAGAGACCUGGCCAAAGCCGACAGGAUAGAAGUUGAAGGUAUUAAAAGAGCUAAAAUGCAGGCACAAAUUGGUGACUUGGUAGUUGUCGUUUUGGGAACAGAUAACAUGAAGAUCGAAGAUGAACUUGCUGAUAUGGUUAAACUGUUAAACUCUGAGAAAAAAGUUUUAGUUGUUUUGAACAAGUGUGAUUUAGUUAAAGAUGAUGAGGUGAGUACCUUGAUCAAAAACAUUUCAUCAAGACUAAAUGUCCCAAUGGAGAACUUUUUACCUGUAUCAUGCAUAGAUAGUAAAGGUCUCGAGCAGUUAAGCUCCCAACUAGUAUCGGAGUUCAAGAGAAUCAGUUUCACAGAGACUACAGAACCACUAAUAAUUACACAAAGAGUUAAGGACAUAUUGAUUAAUGAUGUUUUGAUGGGAUUUGAGGAAUUCCAGAGAUACAAAGAUCUGGAUGAUGUUGUGAUUGCUAGUGAAAGUUUAGUUCAGUCAGUUGAAGGGAUCGGUAAGAUUACAGGGGAAACAGUCGGCGUUGAAGAAGUAUUGGGUGUGGUAUUUUCAAGCUUUUGUGUUGGUAAAUAA